UCAGGAACGGCGCGCUUAGCAGCGGCGAAGGGGCCUUCGUUCUGGGGCAGGGACGUGAGGCCCGGUCGCUUCCCGGCCGCGCGGCUCCGCCAUGAACAGCGUGGGGGAGGGCUGCACGGAGCUGAAGCGCGAGUAUGACCAGUGCUUCAACCGCUGGUUCGCCGAGAAGUUCCUGAAGGGGGAGAACGCGGGGGACCCCUGCGUGCAGCUCUUCAAGCGCUACCAGCUCUGCGUGCAGAAAGCUAUUAAGGAGAAAGACAUACCCAUUGAAGGGCUGGAAUUCAUGGGUCCCAGUAAAGGAAAAGCUGAAAACUCCUCCUGACCUUGUUUGGGCAUAUUGUGCCAUUACAAUGACCUUUUGGACUUGGAAAAAGAACCUCACAAAGUCUAGAAGAUUGCCUUGGAUUAGCUGUUAUUUC